AUGGUUCCACUGUCUGUUAUAAAUACUGCAGUUCUCACUCGUAUCCAUUUAGUACUCUUGAGAGAAAUCAUGGAAGGCAGAAGAAACACAAUUCAUGUACUAAUGUUGCCAUGGCUAGCCCAUGGACACAUUUCACCAUAUCUAGAACUAGCCAAAAGACUUGUAUACAGAAAUUUCCAUAUCCAUUUGUGUUCAACUGCUGUAAAUCUCACUUCAGUCAAGAAAAAAAUCCCAGAAAAAUUCACUGACUCAAUCCAACUCGUUGAGCUAACUCUUCCUUCUUACCCUGAACUACCUCCACCUUACCAUACAACGAAUGGCCUACCACCCCACCUCAUGACAACCCUCAAAAAAGCCUUUGAGGAAUCAAGCCCUAACUUAUCUAACAUUCUUGAUACUGUAAAACCCCAAAUCGUUAUUUACGACUAUAAUCAGCCGUGGGUGGCAGAACUGGCUUCUUGCCGUGGAAUCCCGGCGGUGCAGUUUCUCACAGUCAGUGCAACAAUCACUUGUUUUAAUCUUUUCGUGAAUCAAAAACCAGAUGAAGCAUUCCCGUUUCCAGAGAUUAAUCUGAGGCAGUUCGAGAGAAAUAAGAUUCAAGACUUAGGGGAGUCACAAGUGGGCAAUGUUAAAGAGAGUGUUCGGGCUUUUGCUGCUCUGGCAAAAUCAAAAAACAUUGUUCUUAUCAAAACUUCUCGAGAGAUUGAAGGAAAAUACAUAGAUUUUCUGUCAAAUAUAUGUAACAAGAAGAUUGUCCCUGUAGGCACACUUUUUCAAGAUCCUGUGAUUGAAGACGAAAAUAAGGAGAUAAUGGAAUGGCUUGACAAGAAGGAGAAGAAUUCAGUAGUGUUUGUUUCUUUUGGCAGUGAAUAUUUUCUGUCCAAGGAAGAGAGACUUGAAGUAGCGAAGGCACUAGAGCUUAGCCAGGUUAACUUCGUGUGGGUUAUCAGAUUUCCUUCGACGGAAAAAAUAAAGAUCGAAGAGGCACUGCCCCAAGAAUUUCUAGAAAGGGUAGGAGAUCGAGGUCUUGUCGUGGAAGGUUGGGCGCCGCAAGCCAAAAUUUUAGGCCACCCGAGCAUUGGUGGCUUCGUCAGUCACUGUGGAUGGAGUUCUACACUGGAAAGCAUAAAAUUUGGCGUCCCAAUAAUCGCCAUGCCUAUGCAAAUUGACCAACCAUUUAAUGCAAGAAUUGUGGAUGCCAUUGGAGUGGGAGUAGAAGCUUUGAGGGAUGAGAAUGGGAAACUUCAAGAUGAAGAGAUUGCAAAAGCGAUAAGGAAAAUAAUUUUGGAUAAAAUUGGGGAGGAAAUAAGAAAGGAAUCAAAACGAGUGAUGAUUGGAUUCGCAGUCAGUACUAUGUUCAUAGUGUUUGUAUGUACGAGACUUAUUUGUGCUCGAAUUCAUUUGAAUUCCUCCAGGCGGUCUUCUGCCAUGGCUUCUAGAUCUAAUCUUAGCAUUUUGGAGCGGGGUCUUCAUUGUAUUGAGCCUCUCGUGGUAGCCAACUUUCCGACUAAGAACUAUAGAGAUCUGUGCUUGUCAUCCAAAGAAAAUACUCAGUGCACUGUAUGCCUUGCUGAUUAUCGUGACGAAGAUACACUGCGUAUUCUGCCAGUCUGCGGCCAUUCCUUUCAUGCUACGUGUAUCGACAUAUGGCUGCAGCAGAACUCGACAUGUCCAGUAUGUCGAAUUUCUCUGCGUGAAAUUCCCGAGAGAAAGUGGUAUAUGCAACCCAUGUUCAGCUCAGCUAUCCGAUCUCAAUAUAACGCUCAGUCCAUCAAUAGGCAUUGCUGUCACUGCUUAUCAACCGGCCAUACUCAUUCAUCGAGAUCCCGAGACGACCUGAUAACAAACCCCGUCCAGGAGGCUCAUCUUCAACCAGAGGAUGGCAAAGAAACAAGUGGAGAGCCAGUUUAG